AUGACACGUACUAAUCCUAAUAUUGAACAUUCUCCAUCACGUACAUCGUCAUCAUCAUCAUCGGCAAUCGCACAGUCAUCAUCCACUGAGCCUAAAGAUAUCAUAAAUCAAAAUGAAUUAACAAUUCAAAAUCUUUUACUUGAACUACAAGAUAAUCUUAAAGAAACAAAAGAAUGCUAUAAUGUCAGUCGUGAUGCAUGGAUUUCCAUUGAAGGGCAACAAAAAUCUGAUGAGAAUACAAAAUCACAAUUAUUAAAAACUACUAUAACGCAAACAUUGACUAACGUGGAAAAUGAAAUUGAUACGUACAAAAAAGCUUUAUCGAAGAUAAAUCAAAUUCGUCAAUUACAAAUUGAUAUAUUCAAUGUUACUAAAAAUCAUAUCGACAUCAAUCGUACUCAUAUGACACGACGAGGUCUAGCUGAUCUUCUUUCACAUAUGGCUUAUGUUUUAAAAGUUUGGUAUGGGAAUGAGCACGUGGGAAACGGUUCAAAUAAAGGUAAUAGCCCACCGCCACUAUGCGGUGCUAUACCAUCUGCAUCAAACCAUGUAUGUAAUAUCGGUGACCUUAUAGCUGGCUAUGUUGAAGGUGAUGAUGGCGAUGACAAUUGGAUUUUAGCUGAAGUUGCCUAUGUUCAUCCAAAUAAAAUAAAAUAUGAUUUUGUUGAUAUUGAUGCUGAACCAGGCAAAGGACGGUAUUAUAAUAUACAUAAACGACAUGUUAUACCGCUGCCACAAUGGCGUGCUUGUCCAUUGACAUGUCCUCAAGCAUUGUUUUCACGGCGUACGAUUGUUCUUGCGCUGUAUCCUCAAACGUCAUGUUUCUAUAAAGGUAUUGUUGAGACUAUACCGAAAAUAGGAAAAGAUUCCUAUAGCAUCAUAUUUGAAGAUUCAUCUUAUAAUAGUGGUUAUUCACCAGAAUUCGAUGUGCCACAAAUGUUUGUUGUUGCUUAUAAAGAUGUAAAAAAAUAG